AUGGCGGAGGAAAAGUUCAAUGGUGAUAUUCCGGAAAUGGUGGUUGAUUUCGAUGCUUCUGAUGUGCUUUACCCGGAUAAUAUGGAUGUCGCCAAUGAAGUUGUUGUGGAAACUUAUUUCCAACAACAGCAGCAGGGACAACUGGAAAAUUUGGUGAAUGCGAGCGAAGUAUCUACUGUUCAGCCUUUGGUCCAUGAAGGUUAUGCUAUUCCGGAUAUUCGGGAUUACGCAGAACAGGAUAAUUCCAUUGUUGUCUUGGGUAACGCACUUCAAAAUGCUUUCGAUGGUGAGCAGCGAGAAAUGCUAGAAAUAAAAAGUAAUCCAGAAGACAGCGGUAUAUUCACCACUCACUCAGAAGAGGUUAAUAUCAAUGAAGUAAUGAUCGCUACGAAUUCUCAACCAAAUCGCGCAGACCUUAUAAUCGACCAAAAAAUCAUAAGUGAAAAUCAGGACAUGGAGAUAACGAAAGAAGUAUCGCUGGAACAUGAAGAUAAAUUUGAUCCUGAUUCAGCAGAAAUCAAUAUGCCACUGGUAGUUCGUCAUCAAACUGAAAUGAAGAACAGCGGAAAACCCGAACUAACCAGAGCUACUGAUGGAGACGAUGAUGCUGACGAUGUCCAUAGUGACUCACAAUCUCCAAAUAUCGCUAGUGAAGAAUCCAGCCCACCACAUCGUAUGCUUACCCGUUCUGCAGCCAAAGCCGCUAAAUCGACAUCUCACUCGGCGGAAAUUGAGAAAACACCGAAAAAACGUAAGAUAAGUGAGACGAGUUCAGCAUCAAAUGGUGAUACAACGUCGGCACGUUCUGCACGAACUUCUUUGUUAGCUAAAAAGGUGACAAAGAAACCAAAGCGUUCACGCAUGACACACAAAUAA